AUGGAGCGUUCGCAAAGUCGCCUCAGCCUGUCCGCUUCCUUCGAAGCCCUGGCCAUUUACUUCCCCUGCAUGAACAGCUUCGAUGAGGAAGAGGCGGAAGGAGAUGGCCGGAAACUCAAAGGUGCUAUCCAGCGGAGUACAGAAACUGGACUGGCCGUUGAAAUGCCAAGUCGAACUAUCCGGCAAGCCAGUCACGAAUCCAUCGAGGAGAGUAUGAACAGCUAUGGAUCCGAAGGAAACUUGAAUUUCAAUGGAGUUCAUCUGGCAUCCGCUGGGCAGUUCAGUGAUUUCUUGGGCAGCAUGGGACCAGCACAGUUUGUGGGUCGCCAGACCUUGGCCACUACCUCCAUGGGAGAUGUGGAAAUUGGAUUGCAAGAACGAAAUGGACAACUGGAAGUGGAUAUUAUUCAAGCCCGAGGAUUGACCGCAAAGCCUGGGUCUAAAACCCUUCCAGCGGCAUACAUCAAGGCCUAUCUCCUAGAAAAUGGGGUUUGCAUUGCAAAGAAGAAAACUAAAGUGGCUCGCAAAUCUUUAGACCCCCUGUACAAUCAAGUGUUACUUUUCCCAGAGAGCCCGCAAGGCAAAGUACUUCAGGUGAUUGUCUGGGGAAACUACGGGCGUAUGGAACGCAAGUACUUCAUGGGUGUUGCUCGGGUCCUCUUGGAAGAACUGGAUUUGUCCACUCUGGCAGUUGGUUGGUAUAAGCUUUUCCCAACCUCUUCGAUGGUGGAUCCUACUACUGCUCCCCUCCUGCGCCAGUCCUCACAACUUUCCCUGGAGAGUACAGUAGGACCUUGUUGUGACAGAUCUUAA